UUCCUUCGGGAGGCGCGCGAUGCAGCGGGCGGCGGUGCUUGUCCGGCGGGGCUGCUGUCCCCGGUCCCCCGGCCCCUGGGGCCGUAGUCAGAGCAGCGCGGCUGCCGAGGCCUCGGCCGUGCUCAAGGUGCGGCCCGAGCGCAGCCCGCGCGAGCGCAUCCUCACGCUGGAGUCCAUGAACCCGCAGGUGAAGGCGGUGGAGUACGCAGUACGGGGACCUAUCGUGCUCAAGGCUGGCGAGAUCGAGCUGGAGCUGCAGCGGGGUAUCAAAAAACCAUUCACUGAGGUCAUCCGAGCCAACAUUGGGGAUGCCCAGGCUAUGGGCCAGCAACCAAUCACCUUUCUCCGACAGGUAAUGGCACUCUGUACCUACCCAAACCUUCUGGACAGCCCUGGCUUCCCAGAAGAUGCUAAGAAACGAGCUCAGAGGAUCCUACAGGCUUGUGGCGGGAACAGCCUGGGGUCUUACAGUGCUAGCCAGGGUGUCAACUGCAUCCGUGAAGAUGUGGCAGCCUAUAUCACCAGGAGAGAUGGUGGUGUGCCUGCAGACCCAGACAACAUUUAUCUGACCACUGGAGCUAGUGAUGGCAUUUCUACAAUUCUGAAGAUCCUUGUCUCCGGGGGCGGCAAGUCACGGACGGGUGUGUUGAUUCCCAUCCCACAAUAUCCCCUCUACUCAGCGGUCAUCUCUGAGCUGGACGCCAUCCAGGUGAAUUACUACCUGGAUGAGGAGAACUGCUGGGCCCUGAAUGUGAAUGAGCUCCGGCGGGCAGUGCGGGAGGCCAAAGACAACUGUGACCCCAAGGUGCUCUGCAUCAUCAACCCUGGGAACCCUACAGGCCAGGUACAAAGCAGAAAGUGCAUAGAAGAUGUGAUUCACUUUGCCUGGGAAGAGAAGCUCUUUCUUCUGGCUGACGAGGUAUACCAGGACAACGUGUAUUCUCCUGACUGCAGAUUCCACUCCUUUAAGAAGGUGCUUUAUGAGAUGGGGCCCGAGUAUUCCAGCAACGUUGAGCUUGCCUCCUUCCAUUCCACCUCCAAGGGCUACAUGGGCGAGUGUGGCUACAGAGGAGGCUAUAUGGAGGUGAUCAACCUGCACCCUGAGAUCAAGGGCCAGCUGGUGAAGCUGCUCUCAGUGCGUCUGUGCCCACCAGUAUCUGGACAGGCUGCCAUGGACAUCGUCGUGAACCCCCCAGUGCCAGGAGAGGAGUCCUUUGAGCAGUUCAUCAGGGAAAAGGAGUCUGUCCUGGGUAAUCUGGCCAAAAAAGCGAAGCUGACAGAAGACCUGUUUAACCAAGUUCCUGGAAUUCACUGCAACCCCUUGCAGGGAGCCAUGUAUGCCUUUCCUCGGAUCUUCAUUCCCGCCAAAGCUGUGGAAGCAGCUCAGGCCCAUAAGAUGGCUCCAGACAUGUUCUACUGCAUGAAACUCCUGGAGGAGACAGGCAUCUGUGUUGUGCCUGGCAGUGGCUUUGGACAGAGGGAAGGCACCUACCACUUCAGAAUGACCAUUCUUCCUCCAGUUGAGAAGCUGAAGACUGUGCUCCAGAAGGUGAAGGACUUUCACAUAAAAUUCCUGCAGAAGUAUGCAUGA